AUGGCUAUAUGCCGUUGGUAUGGGAAUCCUCAUCUCUUUAUCACUGUCACUGCUAAUCCUAAUUGGGUGGAACUCAGUAACCAUCUGGAUGCAUAUGGAGGUGAUUCUGCUAAUAGCCGACCUGACCUAGAAUGUCGGAUCUUCAAAAUCAAGCUUGAUGAGAUGAUGGCAGAUUUCAAAAAGGGAGAGUUCUUCCCUACGCUGGACGCAGCUGUCUACACCAUUGAGUUUCAGAAACGAGGUCUGCCCCAUGCCCAUAUUUUACUAUGGUUGAAAGGUAUAAAGAAGGAAGUAACAGCUUCGGUUAUUGAUGAAUACAUCUCAGCUGAGUUUCCCGAUAAAGAAGUUGAUAGAGAGGGGUUUGAGCUGGUUGAGCGGCAUAUGAUGCAUGGUCCGUGUGGUAAAAUGCGCCCCAACUCACCAUGUAUGGAGAAAGGAGAGUGUACUAAGAAUUUUCCUAAACCUUCUUCAGAUCAGACAAGAAUAGACAAAUCUGGAUUUGUUGUUUAUAGAAAGAGAGCUGGUACUGGAGAUUUUGUAGUCAAGGGAGAGAUCGAGCUGGAUAAUCGUUUUGUUGUGCCUCAUAAUCUUGGUCUUUUGAAAAAAUAUCAAGCCCACAUCAACGUUGAAUGGUGUUGCAGAACCAGCGCAAUCAAAUAUCUUUUCAAAUACAUAACGAAAGGCGUUGAUAGAGCAACUGUCCUUAUACAUAGGAAUGAGCCAGACACGAGUAAUGAGAUCAACAAUUUCCUGGAGUGCCGGUAUAUAUCAGCUUGCGAAGGUUCAUGGAGAUUGUUUGCUUUUCCUAUACACUAUAACCAGCCCAAUGUUGUGAAGCUCCCCGUACAUCUACCAGGUGACCAUGUGAUGGUAUUUGACGAAUCUGCUGACUUAUCAAAGGUGGUAUACCGAGAAAAUAUUGAUAGGUCAAUGUUAACAGCGUUCUUUGAGGCAUGCGACACGUAUGAGGAAGCUAUGGAGCUGACCUACGUUGAAUUCCCUUCGAGGUUUGUCUACCAUUCAAACGAUAGGAUAUGGACGCCAAGACUGCAAGGGGAAGCUAUAGGGAGGGUCGUGUAUGUCAGCCCAGCGUCUGGUGAUAGAUACUUCUUAAGGAUGUUGCUGAAUGUUGUUAGAGGUCCUAGAGGCUAUGACGUGUUAUACACGGUAGGGGAUGUGGUAUAUAAGAAAUUCAAAGAAGCGUGUUAUGCACGAGGACUACUUGAUGAUGAUAAAGAGUGGCAUGAGGCAAUAGAGGAGCCAUCUUCAUGGGCAACCGGACGGCAGCUGAGAAGACUGUUUGUGCUUAUCUUGGUUUAUUGUCAAGUCGUAGACCCACUCAAGCUUUGGGAGCAUACUUGGAUGUUUUUGGCAGAGGACAUACUGUACAUGAAACGAAAGGAGUUUCGAUUUCCAGGUCUCGACUUACAAGAUGAGCAGUUAAAGCAGUAUACACUGCUCGAGGUUGACAAACACUUAAAAGAGCAUAACCAGUCACUAGCAGACUAUGAUGAGUUGCCUCAGCCAGAUACUUCAAUACUAUCAGAGAUAAACAGCCAAGUUUUGCGGCAGGAACUGAUGUAUAAAUUCGAAAAGGAGAAGGAGACGCAUAGAGUAUUGUUCUCGGCGAUGAAUACGGAUCAGGAGAAAGUAUAUGCUGCUGUUCUGAAGUCAGUUGACGAGCAGUCGGGCCAGUUAUUUUUUGUCUCAGGUGCAGGAGGCACAGGAAAGACAUACCUAUACAGAACUAUUAUAGCGAGGCUUAGGUCAGUUGGCAAAGUAGUUAUACCGGGGUCAAGUUUAGCUGCAUUGAUAUCUAAGGCAGACCUGAUAAUAUGGGAUGAAGCUCCGAUGGCACACCGACACGCUUUUGAAACCUUAGAUCGUUCCUUCAGAGAUUUGUUAUCGCAUGAGUCUCCAGAAGCUAGCACACAGCCCUUUGGUGGCAAGACGGUGCUUCUCGGCGGGGAUUUCCGGCAGAUUUUGCCAGUUAUUCCACACGGAAAAAGGCCAGACACCGUUCUCGCAUCCAUCAGCAAAUCAUAUCUAUGGAAAAUGGCCCGAGUAUUCACCUUAUCCAUCAACAUGCGGCUGCGGCAAGAAGACAAGGACUUCGCAAAAUGGAUUCUACAAGUCGGUGAUGGGGAAGCUGACGCCUUGGCGUCCAAUAAACCAAAACAUGAGGAAGGGAAUCAGAUUACUGUGGAUAAAAGGUUCUUGAUCUCUCGCUCAGAUACACCACACGAAGCUCUGGCGCAUGCUGCAUAUCCUAACUUCCUCCAAAACUACUGGGAUAAGGACUACCUAAAAGAGAGAGCCGUGCUGACACCUACCAAUAAUACCGUACAUUAUGUGAACGCUUAUCUCCUCUCCAAGAUCCCAUCACAGGCUAGAGAGUAUUUGAGUUCUGAAUCAGUGGAGUUCGAAGCUACGCCAGACGAUGAUUGGACCACCCACUACCCGCCAGAGUACCUCAAUUCACUAGAGUUUUCGGGCCUCCCAAACCACAGAUUGUGCCUCAAAAUUGGAACUCCAGUGAUGAUGAUGCACAAUCUUAACCAGGAUCAAGGUUUGUGUAAUGGUACAAGAAUGGUGGUUACUCGCCUAGGUAACAGGGUUGUUAAGGCUAGAAUCAUGACUGGGACAGAUUUGGAGAAGAAGUUUUGA